CUCUCUCUCUCUCUCUUUCAAAUAAAUUUUUUUAAAACCUGGCCUCCUGUCCCAAAUCAAGAGAACUCUGAAGGGUCAUGCCCUGCUUCAAAACCCCUGUAGGGUUGGCUGAGCCGUCUGUAGGGACAGCUUCCUCCGUUUUUCCUCCCCUCUGUCCCUUCCUAUGGACGCCAAGGGUACACCCCUGGUUAGUCUCUUGAUUCCCAGUCUCCAUCUCACACUCUGUUCCUUUGGGUCAUCAUUAAGUCCUCUCAAGGAGAGCAGGCACAUUUUCUGAGUAUUUAUUUGGUGCCAGGGUAUCCUCCAUGUUAUUUAAUUCAAUCAACACAACUACUAAAUGAAGCAGUGAAUCUUUCUUGCCCCACAAGGUAAUGAAGGCCGCCUGAAGCCCGGUAAGUUGCCUGCAGUCCUGCAGCAGAGCAGGGCUGCAAGCUGGUGGCACAGCUGGGAUUCAAACCUUCACCCGUUUGGACUUCAAAUCCACUCUCCUUCCACAGGCCAUACGACAGCCAGAACAGCAAUGAUACAUCAGCGAGUGCGGAAGGGACAGAAGUCUUGGCUCGCUCCGCGCUUUCCUCCGCGGAGCCCGGCCCAGGCAUGGCCUUGACGAUCUCACUGUCUGCAGGCUCAGCGGGCUCGCCCUCCCGGGCCACAGCCGGCGUGCGGGUGUGGCGGCCGGGGACAGGAGCGCUCCCGCGGCAGUGGCGGGGCGCGCGAGAGGCCGCCGGGUUCUGCAGUUCUCUGAAGGGCGCCCCGGGACCUUCCACCCGCCCGUCUCUGCUGAAAGCCGCCGGACAGCUCCCGGGGCCGGCCCUCCUCCCGCCCUUUCGUCUCCGGCCGGCUAGCUGGGCCCGCCGACCCUUCCUUCUGCGGGCGUAUGGCAGACAGAGAUAACCGGCUGCAGCUGGAGACCCGGCUAAUUGAAACAAUAAGUUCUAUAAUUGCCUCGAAAAUAAGGUACAUCGGGGCCCUGGGGGCCCGAGUGAUCUGUGACAAUAUUCCUGGUCUGGUGAGCCGGCAGCGGCAGCUGUGCCAGCGUUACCCAGACAUCAUGCGCUCGGUGGGCGAGGGUGCCCGAGAAUGGAUCCGAGAGUGCCAGCACCAAUUCCGCCACCACCGCUGGAACUGCACCACGCUGGACCGGGACCACACUGUCUUUGGCCGUGUCAUGCUCAGAAGCAGCCGGGAGGCAGCAUUUGUAUACGCCAUCUCGUCAGCAGGGGUGGUCCAUGCUAUUACCCGCGCCUGUAGCCAGGGUGAACUGAGUGUGUGCAGCUGUGACCCCUACACUCGUGGCCGACACCAUGACCAACGUGGGGAUUUUGACUGGGGUGGCUGCAGUGACAACAUCCACUAUGGUGUUCGCUUUGCCAAGGCCUUUGUGGAUGCCAAGGAAAAGAGGCUCAAGGAUGCCCGGGCCCUCAUGAACUUACAUAACAACCGCUGUGGUCGCACGGCUGUGCGGCGGUUUCUGAAGCUCGAGUGUAAGUGCCACGGCGUAAGUGGCUCCUGUACUCUGCGAACCUGCUGGCGUGCACUCUCAGACUUCCGCCGCACAGGUGAUUACCUGCGGCGGCGCUAUGACGGCGCGGUGCAGGUGACAGCAACCCAGGAUGGCGCCAACUUCACAGCAGCCCGCCAAGGCUAUCGCCGUGCCACCCGGACUGACCUUGUCUACUUCGACAACUCCCCAGACUACUGUGUCUUGGACAAGGCUGCCGGUUCCCUAGGCACCGCGGGCCGUGUCUGCAGCAAGACAUCUAAAGGGACGGAUGGUUGCGAAAUCAUGUGCUGUGGCCGAGGGUAUGACACAACUCGAGUCACCCGCGUCACCCAGUGUGAGUGCAAGUUCCACUGGUGCUGUGCAGUGCGGUGUAAGGAGUGCAGAAACACUGUGGACGUCCACACGUGCAAGGCCCCCAAGAAGGCAGAGUGGCUGGACCAGACCUGAACAUAUAAAUACCUCACUCGUCCCUCUACUUCAAACCUCCUGACUCAGAAGCACAAGAUCUUUGCAUGCACACCUUCCUCUACCCUCAACUCUGGGCUGCUACAGUUUCUAUUUAAGGACUUGGAGAGUAAUCCAGAAGGACUCUGGUGUCCUGACUGGUUCCUUAGCCCUGGGAAGGAGUUGACAGGGGAUGUAGGAAAUUGAAUGGUUCCCUGACUGCCCCCCUGGAGGUGAGAUGGGAGAGGAGUAGAGGUAGGGUCUUCAGAGUGAUAGAAGUUGCACUAAAGCCCACAGUCAAGGCUCAUCUUUCCUUUCCUUUGCACCAGCUCCCUGACACUUCUGGUGUGUGCAAGAGGAAGGGUACCUGGAGAGAGCUUCUUUGUGUUCCUACCUGACUGAGGGGAGAUGGGACAGAGAUGAAACCACAUCUGUUCCCUGGGUCAGUUUGAGCAGACUGCCUAGUACCCCAAAAGAAACUCUUAGGCUACAACCGUCUUCCAUUAUCAAGAGCCUGGGAUAGCUAGAUAAGAGUUAGCCAUAGUGGAAAGGUUCCAUUCACAUGCUCAUAAGGUUCAUAAACUGCUGUACUUUGUAGGGGAAAGAAUUAUAUAAUUAUACAAACAUACAUUUUC